CUGACUUGCCACCCUCUCUGCCUCAUCCUUGUGCCUUCGACUUGUCUGUCUCUUCUGAUUACUUUCCUGACCCCAUUUUCCAUUUCUUAAUCCUUGUCCCACUAUGACAUUCCUUCCGUAUGACGAAGCGACUAUUGUUGCGCUUCUCGCCGCAUCCUACCUCGACUCCAAAUUCAAAAUCUCGCACGACGCUAAGAUCAUCGGAGCCGCACUCCGUGCCGUGUUCAAAGUGGCCAAAAACAAAAUUACGAAGCAGCUCUGCACGUGGGGGCAGAUCUCAGCCAGUUGUGACCGCCAUCCUGAUCGCAUCGCGCUCAAGUUUCCACGCGCCGUCGUAGCGCCAAAGGAAUACCUCACCGGCUCCGACGGAAAGGAAUACCUCUCCUACGAUAACUGCUUCGAAGUCGAGCUGUACACGUACAAAGAGCUCCAGUGUAUCGUCCACCGCUUGUCCCACGUGCUUGUGCAGGACGGGGUGCGUGCCGGAACAACCGUGGGGAUGUUCUACACCAACAAGCCGUUCUUUGUUUUCCUCUGGUUCGCGCUCUGGAACAUUGGUGCCGUCCCGGCCUUCAUCAACUACAAGAUCAAGGGUCUGCAAUUGGCGCACGUAAUCAAGGUGUCUCAGAUGUCUCACAUAUAUGUGGAUCCAGACGUGGCACAGGCCGUCAGAGACUCCGAGCCUGACAUUGCAGCCCUCGCGCGGCCACCACCAAUUGUCUACUUGGAUGAAACGGCAUUGUUCCUGGUGAUCACCUCCUUCAAGGCUCCAACCUACGUCCAGCCGGUAGAAGAAAGAAAAAAGAUUACGGUUGAGGACACUGCUGUAUUGAUCUAUACAUCCGGAACCACUUCACUUCCAAAAGCAGCGAUCAUGAAUUGGCAGAAGAUGCAGCUUUCGUCGUCCGUAGUCGGCCCCAUGAAUGCGAUCAAAUCCGACAGUACUGUGUAUAUCUGCAUGCCGCUCUAUCACUCUACCGGUGCCUUUAUCGGGCUUCUUCCGACACUUUCCGCGGGCGGAACAGCCGCUUUGGGUGCUGCAUUUAGCAAGACCACCUUCUGGACUCAAGUAAAGCUCACAGAGGCCACCCACAUCUUGUAUGUCGGUGAAGUGAUGAGAUAUCUCACCAGCAAUAGCUAUCACCCCAGCGAGACUCUCCAUAAUGUCCAGGUGGCAUACGGUAACGGCUUAAGACGCGACAUCUGGAGCGCGUUCAAAAAGCGGUUCCAUAUCCCAGUGGUUUCGGAAUUCUAUGGCGCUACGGAAACCCCCAGCAUCACCAUCAACUACCAAGAAGGUGCAGAGGGUAUAGGGGCCGUCCGCACCUAUGGCUGGCUCGUCAGUAAGAUUAUCCGCUUCCAGCAGCGGGUCGUUCGCUUAGACAACGAGCAUGAAGAACCAGUCAGGAACCCCACAACUGGUCUCUGCUACGAAGCUGAUGUUGACGAGCUGGGCGAGAUGCUCUUCCGGCUUCCGGACCAGACCCAGGCAGGCUCCGCGGCCUUUGCAGGAUACAUCGGCAACAAGAAGGCCACGCAGAAAAAGAUCUUGCACAACGUGUUCAGAAAGGGCGAUGCGUGGUUCCGGACGGGGGAUUUGAUGAAGGUUGACGUAGAGGCCAGAUUAUACUUUGUGGACCGGAUGGGCGAUACCUUUAGAUGGAAGUCGGAGAAUGUCAGUACCGGCGAGGUUGAGGCGAUCUCCAUGGACUACAAUACGGUAACGACAGGUUUGUGCAUCAACCAGUGUGUCUGUGUGGGAGUCCAGGUACCAAACCACGAGGGUCGGGCCGGAUUUCUCAUUGCGGAGUUUGCCAACGACGCCAACCCCGAGCAGCUUUCACAAUUCUUGCGGGACUACGCUGGCUACAUUGUUGAUAACUUGCCUCCUUACUCGAGACCACUCUUCUUGAAGGUGGGCCCGAUCCAGUUGACCCACAACCACAAGAUUGCCAAGAAUGUGUUCCGCAACCAGGUACUCCCCAGCGGUGCUGACGGGUCUGAAAAGAUCUACUGGUUGGACGUCGCGCGCAGGGCAUAUGUUUUGUUGGAUGAGCGAGCCUGGACAAAGAUGCAGCGGGGUGAAACCAAGUUGUAAACCGUUUUGUGGUUGACUUGAGAUUUUGAGGGGGUGUAGAGAAGUAUAUACUGGUACUGGUUCGAAGGUGAAUGUAUAAAUGAGUAAUAUUAGUGCUAUUUUGGUUCAAGAUUUAAUUCAAAUCUGAUGGGCUGCGGAUCUUACCUGACAUGUUUAACCUCAUUGCUUGGAGUUUAACCUUUGAUUUCUCAACUGCAAAUACAGUCUAUAAAAGCCU